GACGCCCGCACGAACGCCGCCAGAGAAACGCGCGCGCGCUUUGGCAGCAGAAGCCCGAACACGAAACCGAAACGCGUCCGAAACCGCUCGCGAACCGCCCCCGAACCGCACUCGAAUCGCCGCCGAAACGCCUGUAAUCUGUGUCCUGUUUUCCCUCGCCCAAAGUUCGAUGACCAAAGGAAUCGUUAUCGAUUGGCAGCAGGAGUAAUUUCGAACAGUGCGCGCGCGUUCAGCGACGCCUAAGAAUCGCUUAGGAAUCCCAUACGAAACGAACCUUUUGUGAACUUUCCCCUUUCCCCACUGCCCCCCUUUUUUUGCUGUGUAACGUACGUAUCUAAGCAUAUGCAUGUUUCGUUCGCCACCGCACAACACGGAGAGCCAACAGCCGCGAGCCGAGAGAGCCACGUACCCAGAGAGCCACAGCCACAGCCACAGCCACUCCGAUCCGAUCAGACACGAUCCCAAAGCAGGCGAUAUACACGGCGGCUCGCACCGCCCAGCUAUCUAGUAGAUAAAAAGUCGCCGAGCCGAGAACGCAGCGCGCAGACCGCAGAACGCCGCCCCGAACCGCAACACUCGCGCUGUCGUAAUCCCCAUCCGAGAUCGAGGCUGCCUCUUUGCCCAGAGCAACUGCACCCAGACCCGCCGAACUACACCUUGCACCCUCACGCCCCACGGAAAGAGCUGGGGAAGUCUCGAACAAGCCUCGAAGCCGAGAACGAAGAACGCAAAUUUAUGCAGCCGCCGAGUGAAAACAAAACAGCGAAUCAAACGAGCAGGAACGGCGAAUAGAAUAAAUCCAAUAAAUCGGCGCGCGAAACUCGCGUGUGUUAUCUAAUCUGCAAGAGAAGUACAAGAAUCGGUAUCGCCGCGACACCCCAUCUGUAUCUAAUAUAUAUCUACGCCCAUCGCGUGUGUGUGCCCGUGUGUGCGUUGCGACCUUUGUUUUUCUAUACAUUUUUGUUCUUGUUGUUGCCGACCAUACAGUGCGAAAAAACGUGCCCCACAAGCCGGCCAUUUAGCAAAGAGUACACGCUGCUGCGAAAAGCGCCCAGAGCCAUGGCCCCCAAGCAGCGGAAGCCGAGCGGCGGCAGCGAGUGGGCCACGGCCACCGGCACAGUGCCGCUCCUGGAGCGGAGCUGCAGCUGCAGCCAGGAGGCGCAAGCGGAGCCCCCGCUCCACAGAGCCCGCCCCGCCCGCGAACAGCCCCUGCUCCGCCACCUGCGCCACCUGCUCUUCGCCAGCCUGCUGCUCGUGUGCCUGGUGGGCGGGACGGAGGGCCGCCGGCAUGCGCCGCUCAUGUUCGAGGAGUCCGACACGGGCAGGCGGUCCAACAGACCAGCGGUCACCGAGUGCCAGUUCGGCAAGGUUCUGCGCGAACUGGGCUCCACCUGGUACGCGGACUUGGGUCCGCCCUUCGGCGUGAUGUACUGCAUCAAGUGUGAAUGCGUGGCGAUACCCAAGAAGCGCCGCAUCGUUGCACGCGUCCAGUGUCGCAACAUUAAGAACGAGUGUCCGCCGGCCAAAUGCGAUGAUCCCAUCUCGCUGCCCGGAAAAUGCUGCAAGACCUGUCCCGGCGAUAGGAACGAUACGGAUGUGGCCUUGGAUGUGCCAGUGCCCAGCGAAGAGGAAGAGCGCAACAUGAAACAUUACGCUGCGUUGCUCACGGGCCGCACUUCCUACUUCCUCAAGGGCGAGGAGAUGAAGUCCAUGUACACCACCUACAAUCCGCAGAACGUGGUGGCCACCGCCCGCUUCCUGUUCCACAAGAAGAACCUCUACUACUCGUUCUACACCUCCGCGCGCAUCGGCCGUCCGCGUGCCAUCCAGUUCGUGGACGAUGCCGGCGUCAUCCUGGAGGAGCACCAGCUGGAGACCACCCUGGCGGGCACCCUGAGUGUCUACCAGAAUGCCACCGGCAAGAUCUGCGGCGUGUGGCGUCGCGUGCCGCGGGACUACAAGCGCAUCCUGCGCGACGAUCGCCUCCAUGUGGUGCUCCUGUGGGGCAACAAGCAGCAGGCCGAGUUGGCUCUGGCCGGCAAGGUGGCCAAGUACACGGCUCUGCAGACGGAGCUGUUCAGCUCCCUGCUGGAGGCCGCUCCUCAGACCCUGCCCGACGGCAAGACGGAUCCCCAGCUGGCCGGAGCCGGCGGCACGGCCAUUGUGUCCACCAGCAGCGGCGCCGCCUCCUCCAUGCAUCUCACCCUGGUCUUCAAUGGCGUCUUCGGCGCCGAGGAGUUCGCCGAUGCCGCACUGAGUGUCAAGAUCGAGCUGCCCGAACGCAAGGAGGUGAUCUUCGAUGAGGUUCCCCGCGUGCGAAAGCCUUCCGCCGAGAUCAACGUCCUGGAGCUGUCCUCGCCCAUCUCCAUCCAGAAUCUGCGCCUCAUGUCGCGCGGCAAGCUGCUGCUCACCGUGGAGUCCAAGAAGCAUCCCCAUCUGCGCAUCCAGGGACACAUUGUGACCCGGGCCAGCUGCGAGAUCUUCCAGACCCUGCUGGCGCCGCACAGCGCCGAGUCCUCGACCAAGAGCAGUGGCCUGGCCUGGGUCUACCUGAACACCGACGGCUCGCUGGCCUACAACAUCGAGACGGAGCACGUGAACACCCGCGACAGGCCCAACAUCAGCCUGAUCGAGGAGCAGGGCAAGCGCAAGGCCAAGCUGGAGGACCUGACGCCGAGCUUCAACUUCAACCAGGCCAUCGGCAGUGUGGAGAAGCUGGGCCCCAAGGUCCUCGAGUCGCUGUACGCCGGCGAGCUGGGCGUGAAUGUGGCCACGGAGCACGAGGCCAGCCUGAUCCGAGGACGACUGGUGCCCCGCCCGGUGGCCGAUGCCCGCGACUCGGCGGAACCCAUUCUGCUGAAGCGCGUGCAGGACCAGAACCCCCAUGCCGUGGGCAUGGCCUGGAUGUCCAUUGACAACGAGUGCAAUCUGCACUACGAGGUGACCCUCAACGGUGUGCCCGCCCAGGAUCUGCAGCUGUACCUGGAGGAGAAGCCCAUCGAGGCCAUUGGAGCACCGGUGACCAGGAAGCUGCUGGAGGAGUUCAACGGCUCGUACCUGGAGGGCUUCUUCCUGAGCAUGCCCUCGGCCGAGCUGAUCAAGCUGGAGAUGAGUGUCUGCUACCUGGAGGUGCACUCCAAGCACUCCAAGCAGCUCCUGCUGCGGGGCAAGCUCAAGAGCACCAAGGUGCCGGGCCACUGCUUCCCCGUCUACACGGAUAACAAUGUGCCGGUGCCCGGGGAUCACAACGACAACCACCUGGUGAAUGGCGAGACCAAGUGCUUCCACUCCGGACGCUUCUACAACGAGUCGGAGCAGUGGCGCAGUGCCCAGGACUCCUGCCAGAUGUGCGCCUGCCUCCGGGGCCAGUCCAGCUGCGAGGUGAUCAAGUGCCCGGCCCUGAGGUGCAAGGCGGGAGCGGAGCAGCUCCUGCAGCGCGAGGGCGAGUGCUGUCCCAGCUGUGUGCCCCUCCAGUCGCAGGCGGCCACCCAAUCCUCGCCAGCCACCAAUGCCACCGACUUGCUGCAGCAGCGACGCGGCUGCCGCCUGGGCGAGCAGUUCCACCCGGCCGGAGCCAGCUGGCAUCCAUUCCUGCCGCCCAACGGCUUCGACACCUGCACCACCUGCAGCUGCGACCCCCUGACCCUCGAGAUCCGCUGCCCCCGCCUGGUGUGCCCGCCGCUGCAGUGCAGCGAGAAGCUGGCCUACCGCCCGGACAAGAAGGCCUGCUGCAAGAUCUGCCCGGAGGGCAAGCAGAGCAGCUCCAACGGGCACAAGGCCGUGCCCAACAACCCCAAUGUGCUGCAGGACCAGGCCAUGCAGCGCUCGCCCAGCCACAGUGCCGAGGAUGUGCUGGCCAACGGCGGCUGCAAGGUGGUCAACAAGGUGUACGAGAACGGCCAGGAGUGGCACCCCAUCCUCAUGUCCCACGGCGAGCAGAAGUGCAUCAAGUGCCGCUGCAAGGACUCCAAGGUGAACUGCGACCGCAAGCGCUGCUCCCGCUCCACGUGCCAGCAGCAGACGCGGGUGACCAGCAAGCGGCGGCUCUUCGAGAAGCCGGACGCAGUGGCUCCGGCCAUCGACGAGUGCUGCUCCACCCAGUGCCGCCGCUCGAGGCGCCACCACAAGCGGCAGCCGCACCACCAGCAGCAGCGCUCCUCCAGUUGAGCGGCUCCCACCAGGAGGAGGAGGAGGAGGAGGAGGACGAUUGCCGGGGGAUCCCAGUCCCAGUUCCGAUUCCGAUCCCGGUCCAGAUUCAGACACAGAUUCAGAUUCAGCGCCACGGUGGACAGUCGGGCCACCCACUCAGUGCGAAGUGCACACCCCCACCACUCACACUCACACACUCACACACCCACACUAACACACACAUCACCCACACCAACGAGCAUACACACACACUUGUGCAAGGACUUGCAUGAGCCAUUGUUGUUCUGUGGCAGCAAUGAAAACUUGUAUUAUAUAUAUGAAAACGGAAAACAAAGUAGCGGGAGGAGAGAAUUCUCUAAAAAUAGAGAAAAGGAGGAGGAGGGAGAGAGAGAGAGGGAUAGAGAGUUAGAGAUGAGGUCCUCGGAAGAGGUCUUGAAAACCAGUGCAGUUUGCUUUAAAUUCUCCAGCGCAGAAUUUUCUAUAGAAAGCAUUUUCUGAAUUUCUUUUCACCCCCACCCAAAAAACAUUAAAAUUAAAUUUUAAUUUAUUAAAAAAAGCACAAAAAUCACAUUAGAAAAUCACUACCAAAAACAGAAAGAAUUCGAAAUUGAAACUGUACUGAGUUUUGAAAACACACAUUUGACUUAUUGAUAUACUUAAUCCUCUCAAUUCAUUUAAAUCCAAAUUUAAAUUGAAACUUGAAAGCGAGCCGACGGCGCAGCAGCUGUCGCGGGAAUAUUAACCUAAAUCCAAUUACUCUGAUUAUACAUAUAUACAAUAUUUUUUAUAUAUACAUAUAUAUAUAUUUAUAUACAUAUAUAUAUCUAUAUGGUUUACGAGAAACAAAACACAGUGGGAAACGCAUUUGGCGCACUACGUGGUUAUCGACAUUUGUAUCGAUAGAUCUAUCUGAGCAACCCAAGAGUUUCAACUGAUUGACUGAAUGGCAAAAAUAAAAUUAGCUUUAAACAUGUUUUUCGCGAGCAAGCAAAUGAAGGAAGUUGAAAACGCAGCUUUUCAAUGUGAAAUUAUUUUGUACUAAUUGUUACUCACACCGACACACUCACACACACACUCACACACACACACCCACACACAUUUGAAAAAUCACACACACAUUGAAAUGUAGGAGUAUACUUUUAAAUUAAAAUACAUUUUAUGGAAAACUUUCAAUAAUUAUGUACAAAAUUGUUAAAAAAAAAAAGAGAAAACUGUUUCAAAAAUGCCAUGUACACAUAUUUAUACACAAACACACGCAUACACGCAUAAAAGAACAAAUCGAAAAAUGAAACAAAAAGAAAACUACCGCAUACACAGACAGAAAUUGUAUUAAUUUUUUAUUCUAUUAAAUUAUUCUUAUUAUUAUUUUAUGUUUAUUAUUAUUAGAACGAUUUUUUUUGUAGCUUGUACAAACAUACAUAUAUAUUAUAUAUUAAACGAUUGAUUAAUUCUAAAUAAUUGAUCAGUGGCAAGCGAACAUAUUUAAAUCGACGAUGAGCUAAACAAACUUGUACUAAUAACUUAAAUUUAGUGUUUAUGAAUUAAACAAAAAUUGAAAAUCAAAAACAACAGCAAAACACACACAAGAGAAUAAACAAAAACUACAAAAUCAAAA